CUCCAAUCAAUCUGCACUUGCAUUGUCAACUCAAUUAUCAAACAAGAGAAGGAAAAAAAAUAUGUCACUGCUACUGAUCCUUUCCCUCGUGUUCCUUCUCUCAUGGAACGUGGCAGCUGCGGGGGACGAUGACCAGCAGAAAGCUUUCGUCCAGUGCCUUUCCAACUCCACCUCUGUCGCCUCCAACAUCUCCAACAUCGUCUACCCAUCGGACAACCCUUCCUUCUCCAGCAUCCUCGAGUUUUCAAUCCGAAAUCGACGAUUCGACACCCCCACCACCCCGAAGCCCCUCGUCAUCGUCACGCCGCACAACGUCUCCCACAUCCAGUCCACAGUACUCUGCGCCCAGUCCCACAACCUCCAGCUCAGAGUCAGGAGCGGGGGCCACGACUACGAGGGACUGUCCUACGUCUCCCCUCGUCCGUUCGUCGUCCUCGACCUCAUCCAGAUGUCGAACAUCACCGUCGACGUCUCCAACCGGACCGCGUGGGUCCAGUCUGGCGCCACGGUCGGUCAGGUUUACGCUCAGGUAGGAAAGAGCAGCAACACACUAGCAUUCCCGGCUAGCGUGUGCAACACGGUGGGAAUAGGUGGCAUUGUCAGCGGAGGUGGGUACGGCACCCUCCUUCGCUACGCGGGGCUCGCGGCCGACCACGUGGCGGACGUCCAGGUGGUCGACGCGAGAGGUCGGGUUAGGGACAGGGCGAGCCUGGGGGAGGACGUGUUCUGGGCCAUCCGCGGCGGCGGAGGGAACACGUUCGGAAUCGUCGUGGCGUGGAAGUUCAACCUGGUGACGGUACCCGAAACCGUCACCAUGUUCAGCGUGACGAAAACUCUCGAGCAAGGCCCCACCAAGUACCUGGCCAAGUGGCAGAAGAUAGCCGACACUCUCCCGAAUGAGCUCCUGAUCCGAAUCGUCAUGUACAAGGCGGUCAACCCCGUGACCAUAGCGGUGGUUUUCAAUUGCUUGUAUGUUGGGUCCAAAGACAAGGCCCUCUCGUUGAUACAAGAAAGCUUCCCAGAGCUGGGAGUGACGCCAGAGGUCAUGUUCGAGAUGACGUGGGCACAGUCCACGAUUCAGUUUGCUGGCGUCAACGGCACCACGCUGGACUCUCUCGAGAGCAGGACACCGGUGAAGGACGUGAUCUACUUCAAGGCAAAAUCAGACUACGUCACGAAGCCGAUCCCCGAUUCCGCCAUGGACGGGCUGCUGAAGAUGAUGAUGCAGGAUGGAAUCGAGCAACCCUACGUCAUCUUCACGCCUUACGGUGGGAAGAUGGCGGAGAUCGCGUCUAACAGCAUUCCCUUCCCGCACAGGGAAGGAAACCUGUUCAAGAUCCAGUACCUGGUGUACUGGAAGGAGGACUCGGAGGAAGUGAGCAACGCGCACAUGAAGUGGAUAAGGGAUGUGUACGACUACAUGGGAUCCUACGUCUCCAGCAACCCGAGGGCCGCAUACAUUAACUACAGGGACCUCGACAUUGGAGAGAAUAUGAACAGCAGCACCGGCGGUAAUGGUACGACGGCGUAUCAGCAGGCUAAGGUCUGGGGAGUCAAGUAUUUCAAGGGGAACUUUGAGAGGUUGGUGAAGAUCAAAACGGCGUUCGAUCCUACCAAUUUCUUCAGCAACGAGCAGAGCAUUCCGUCUCUUGGUGUGGGGAAGGAAGGGCAAACGACGUCGUCCAACAGUAGUAGUUCUGCUUCUGCUCCUUCUGGAGAUUCUGAUGGUGGAAAUAACGCAGGAAAUGAGACUCAGAGCGGCGACAAUAACGCGGGAAAUGGUACUCAAAGUGGUGACGUAGGACAAGGGGAUAAUAAUACUACUAAUAAUAAUAAUGAUAAUAAUAAUGGUACUCAAAUUGGUGGUGUAGGACAAGGAGAUAAUGGUAAUAGUACUACUCAAACCAGUGCAUCGGUGGUCGUCCGUUAUGGGCCUCGGUCUUAUUAUUAUUUGGUACUCUUAUUUUUGGUGUUGUUCAUUUAGGAACUUAGAUAAUAUGUUUUGUUUAACAAUUGGAGUAUUAUGAGUUGAUUAAGAUUGAUUUGUUUUUUUAAUUACUUGUAUCGUGUUCCUUCAUCAAUUGAAUAUAAUAAGCCUUUUUAUCAA